GCUAAACAGUAUAGAGACGAAGACAUUUGUACCAUUUAACCUGAUCGUGCUCUCGGCUAAUAAAAAAAACGUGAGUAUAUAUCAUUUCUUUGUAUGCGUUUUGUAACAUUCCUCUGUAUUUUACAUAAUUAUCAAUAAGGGAAGUUCAUAUAAUUCCGAAAUUGAUCAAAAUCAUAAUAGUGAUUGGAUUAUGAUCAUCCAAAACUCGGGCUUGACUUUUUUUGCUCUCAACAAUUUCAACGCCGUUCCUACACUACCUACAGUAAACAUGAUCCAAAGAAUUUUGCGUUGAAAUAUCGCUCUACUCAGCGAGUGAAUGUCUUUGCUGGGAUUCAAAUCCAAAUCAGGCAGAUGAGGGGAGGCUCAAAUGUUGUUGCUUUCAUUUUUUGGGUGGGGUUAGGGGCCAUAGGGUGGAAGAAAUGAUUUAUCAGUAGUGGGUUUGGGAGCACAGUUUGAAAUUUCCAAAAAAUAAGAAACAUUAUCAGGGUGGACUCAAAAGAAAGUUUCUGAUGAAAAAAUGUUGCGGUUCCUCCCUCGCCGCACCGCUCAAUGAAUCCUCAUGACCUCAACCUCGUUCCAGGGGUUCUCUCUUACAGAGCGAGAGAGAACGACAGGUAGGAGAGAGAACCUGGGAACGAGGUUGCCAUGACUUCAGGUUAUCUUUUUUGUUCUUUAAAAGCACUGGCCAUUGUGACUGUCAUCCGAUUGUCGGAGUUAGCUAACCUGUUACCUGACUUCUCCAUCGAACGAUCGCCCCAGCAAAUAGUCUAACAUCAGUGGUAUUCUUGGCCUUUGAAUCUUGCAAAGGAUUUUUGAAAAAUAUAUCUACAUAUGAUAACACACAAAUGUCAUGUUGAAAUAUAUUGUUGAAAUAUAUAAUUAUAACAUAAAGCGCGUGCUUGCCCUAUAUAAGUCCUAUUGAGCCGCUAUGAACAAAAUCUUUAUUUACGCACGCCCGUGUGUAAAUAAGAUGACGUGAGCAUUUUUUUUUACCCGGCUGCAAAGUUGUCGUCUUUUAAGCUGCAGUGCACUUUUCCUUCUCUUUAAAAUAUGGAAGAAACCAGCGAAGAACUGCCCAAGUUUUCUAUCGGCAUUGACCUUUUAGGUCCGGAUCCAACAAGCAGCAAAAAUAAAGCCGAAUUUAAAAAAACUCGCAAGUAGCGCGUUUCGCAAAUUUGCCGAAGACCAGCUGCAGCAAACUUUGGCCGAAAGACAUUCACUGGGAACAGAACAGACACCAACUGGUCAUCAACAACAUUUAAAGGCAAAAUUUCCGUUUUUAUUGUUGUUUUUAAAUUUGUUAUGCACUUUGUUAUCUCCGGACAAUCCGACUUAAGCAGGAAAAUUUCUCUCGCAAUAACAACACAAAUUACACGAGAAGACAAAUUUAUUACUCACAAAAACAACUGCUGCCAGGUCUUCUCAAGAAGCCGUAAUGACCAGCUAAUGUUCGUAAAUGAAUAUGAGUUUAAAGAAGGAUGACAGUCGUCUUCGCUAAAAACAUGUUUUCUGGAUUUCGCCGAGCAAAACGUCUGAAACGUAAACAUCUUUUCAGCAAAUCCAAACCAUGCUCCACGACUUCUUACGAACAUGUUAGUGUUUUAACUUCAGGUGAACUUUAAGACUCUUUUAGCUUUGUUUCUGCUUAGUUUCCAUUGGUCGUUGACGAAUAAAGAAGCAAAUUUUCUUUCUAACUUUUACAGAAAGAAUAUUUUCAUUCAAACUAGACGAUUGUGGCGUGUUCGUAAACAGCCAAUAGAACCGUUUGUUAUUGUGUCGCGCGUUACGAGAAUUUUGCAGUUAAUCAAAAAACAAUCAUUUUUGUCAGCUGUGUUAUAAAAGAAUUUGCUCAUGCUUUUAGCUGUGCGUAUAUCGAGUUAUGGAUGCACUUGGGAAGUUUGGAGAGCACUCAAGAAGCUAUAGUUGCACUCGGCUAUCGCCUCGUGCAACUCUUAAGCAUCUUUCGCGCUCUCCAAACUUCCCGCGUGCAUCCAUAACUCGAUAUACGCACGCUAAGCAUGAACAAAUUCUUAAUUUUUUAAUAGCGGAGCUCCACGCGCGCGCUUCGCGCGUGCGUGGGCGGAGCCCCAUUGCUAAGUAAAUCUACCCAUCCCAGAAAAUUUGGUAAUCACGUGACCGUACACCGACCGACCGCCGUCCGUCCGCACCACAGGAAAACCAAUGUUUACUCUCACACUUUUAGCUAGUUUGGGAGCCCUAGAGAAAACUAAUUGCACAGGCUGCAUAUCAAUGUUGUGAUCAAUUGACAGCUAUCAAAACAGGGCAUCCGCUGACAAGUAUCACCUGACCGUACCGCGGGCUCAAGUGUCGGCCCAUCGAGGUCGAGUAUUUUUUUAAAGUUAGCCGCUGACAAAUUACCAGUUUCAAAUGAUGGCAGGCUCAAGUUUAUUUUUUCCAAGGAUUCAUAUCAAAUAUGUUGUGUUUAUGUCACUAUGGCCCCGCACUAUUACGAUUUUGAUUUCAAACUGACCUCGGAAGCGAAAAUUCAUCCAGUUUUUUUAAAAGUACAGGCGGGGAAGACCUUAUCUUACCAUGGUCACGCGUUGGUCACGCUCUACGUCCAAUUUUUAUACUCUGAUUGGUCAAAAUUUGACAGGUGAGUUUAUGCGGAAAAAUUAUGCAGCAUCUUGAAAGUAGUUUACUUUGACAGCUGAAGCUGACAGAGUUUUGUGUCAACUUGUGAUGUUUUUAACUGUCUUUUUCCUCUGGAGGUACAAAAUGAAAUACAGCUGCUAUCAAGAGUCUUCUGUUAUUCAUGGCUGGUUUGUUUACUGGGUUUUGGUUGAGAAAUGCGUCGCUUGUCAAAAUUCGGUAAUUCGAUUUCGGAUGGCAUCGUUUUUGUUUUUAACCUUGCUUAAUGCGUAAGAGGGUUUAAAAGUCUCAAGCAACUGUGGCCUCCCUUGAUAGCUUUCAGGAACUGAAUCUCGAAUGGUAAGCCUAAGUAUUUAUUGUAUUUGAUGUUUGUGUUUCAUGAAGUCUUGCACAGUUCACGCUGACAGUUUAUGCGGCAAGUUUAUGCACGUUUGCAGGAUUUGAGUCAAUGAUCUGACCUAGUAUCAGGUUUGAUAUAAGCUUACAGAACUUUAAAAAGCCUUCAGAUAUAUUUGCUCACCACAAAUAGAAAGAAAACGUUCCGAAGGAUAUUUAGUUAUAAAUUUGGCUGUAGAAAGAAAACUUUGAGCGAUUUUCUUGCUUCGAGGAGUUCACCUUCGAAAACAGUAAACACCGCGCUGGGAAGCCGGCUAAAACAUAAACUUAAACUUUACGCUUAAAGACUCAGGAUUUUUAGAGACACUUGAAUACUUGUCUUCGUGAAUGAAAAUUGUUGUCUCUGUAAAUGUUUCACGGAAUUAUAUCUCUUUUUUUCAUUGUUAGUAGUCUCUCUUGCAAUUUUAAUCGCUUGUCCGUGCCGUUUGUUUUCAUAUGACCAUCGCUUGCAGGAGUACUCAAAAAUGUCGCGCGUAUCAAACGCUUUAUAAGAUUACACAACGUUAUAACUGAAACCAUUAAAUAACAAAACAAAUAAUAAUAAAUUCGCUAUUAUGUUGAAGCGUAACUCUGUUAAAGUUCAUUCAAACACUCGACCACACUGACAGCUCGCACUAUAGAAACGAGAACCAGCUGGCCGUAUGGGUGAUUUUGGAAAUUUUCUGAAAUUUUUGAACGGUUUGGCUCGUCCUGAAUAUUGACUGAGUGCAAUUUGUCUUGAAAAAUUGUGAAAUACCGCAUUCUGUCCGAGCUCUGUAUGAUAAAUAGUACUGUUUAACCUCAAAUGUGGUGUAUAAAAAUUAUAAAAGGUUGGUUUAAACUUCAGGGCGGAAAAACGUUCUGCGCAAGCUUCUGCGCAUCCCUUAUCGCAGGCUCAAGGCGGGCUUUUUUGUGUGUUGACUGUCGUGCUACUGUCGUGUUGACUGUGUUUGUUUGUUGCUGGAGUUCUGAGUGAAAUGCACGAGGUGUGAACGUUUGUUCCCUGUAAAGCAUUUUUAUUUGACAUGUUUGCUUUUUUUACGUCGCUUGAAAAUUACUUUGGAUUCGGAACAACCAAUGUUAAAGGAAAAACGGAUCAUUCCGUCAGUCUGAGGUGGAAUAAAAGGUUUUGAACAUUUCUUAAGAGGCGAGUAUUUUUCUGAUUGUGCAUCCGAUUAAUUUAUGAGUUGAUUUCGCCGGGUUGAAUUAAAACCCGCUUGUAUUCUGUUAUUAGUAGUUACGGUUACUUUUUUACAUGCCCAGAUUUAUUACCUUUACAGAACCAGCUUUAUCUUUGUCUUCAGUCAAAGAACUAUAUUGCUGUUAUCACGCAUCAGAGUGAACAAACUUGUGCGCUUAUUAAACUUUCUCGAAAAUAGAAGGCCAGCAAGCUUACUCAAGAUCAUUUUUCUGUUGCUCAAGUAAUAAUAGUUGGAGUUUUUUCAUUUUUCAUUACAUAGUUUUGUUUUCCAGUGCACUGUGAAAGUUUCUGUUCUUUAUAAGAAUAACUUUCAGUUUCUGUACGCAAAUUGUCCUUUUCACUCGCUGUGAAGUAGAGAACGACAACUGCCAGCAGUAACUUCAAAACAAUUGACUCUUUUCCCGUAAACAAUUGCUGCAGCUUGAUUUGACUGAGGCGAGCAAAACAAACCCUUAUGUGCAAUCUUCUGUAUUUUCUAAUGAUCGGCUGAGUUUAAUUUGCUUAAACGAAGACCCUUGCAUUGAUAAUAGCUAAAUGGUGAAUCAUGGCUUGGCUGCCAAGUUGCAACUGAUCUUUUGCUUUUACCAUCUUUAGGUGGGUUGUUUUCGUACAGAAAAUUCAUUUCUUCAUUGUCAGCAACAAGUUUUUGAAAUAAUGUAACUUUAAUUUUGUUUGAAGGAAAUCCUUCUUACUUGUAGGUUUUUGACAGAUGUUAUGCGUGUUCAGCUUGACAACACAAAGCAAAAUUUAUAUAUCUGCACGAAACGAGCAAGUUUAAAAAACUAUAGUUGCUUUGAAACCGAUUUUUGGGAAUAUUUUACCAGAUAAAGAUUGACCUUCUUUCUGCUCACAUAUCAACGCAAUAACUUCUACAUUGAGGAUUUUGUUUAUAUUUUAGUGAUCUGCGAAACUACGAGUGUCCGAUCGAGCGAGGGUUUUAAAAUAUUUGCUCGAGUGCGACAAAGUUCAGUGACUUCAAACACAUUGUGGGCAAGCGUUAAUUUUUUUGGGCAAAUCACUGUCCAAAGAUAUAUUGUUUUUGUGUCCACAGUAGAGCUCCGGACCUUAUAUAUCCAGAAACUUCCUUAUAUGAACACAUUUUGUGAAUGCAUCUUGAAAAAAAUGGGACUUACGCAUGCACAUUUCCAGUACAACGCAAGGAAAUUAAUGUCGUUAAAGUCCGUUUUACUAUGAGGUAUUCUUUGAGAAAAUUAAGUAACCACAAUGUUAUAACCACAGCUUGCAACUUUUGAAGACAAAUUGCCUGUUCUUUCCAGGUUAUGGGUGGAAACAUUUUAUUUUUAGGCAAGAAAAUAUUUGAAAUCCCGCCAAAUUUUCAAACCCGGCCAGGGGAUCUGGACUAAAAAGUCCACGCAUGCUCAUUACGUUUUUCCGCCCUGAAGGUUUAAACACCCCCAGAUUUGUUGGCAAGAAUUUGUAAAGUAAACCUGUCGAACGCAAAAAAAUUUGGCGUGAUUUGUUUUCCAAGAAUUUGUUUUCGAGGCCUAAUCUACUGUGAUCUUGAAUGUGAUCGAAGAUGUUUGCUAUUUUUUGGGUGUACAUAUAAGGUUAUCAAUUCGAUGUAAGAUGUUUCACUCUAAAAUAACUUAGCCUUUCCCUCAAAAGUCACAUGAAUGUGCCCUUAAGUUAAAUGAUUUGUGGAUUAAAAGUUUAUUGUUUGAUUUAAAUUAUAAAUUUAUUAAAAUUGGAGCUUCGCUUUUAGCCCUGGCUAAAUCUAUAUAUUAUAUAUAUAUAUAUAUAUAUAUAUAUAUAUAUAUAUAUAUAUAUAUAUAUAUAUAUAUACAUUUAACGGUUUGACAGCUGUUUGCAAAAGUUUUGAACCUCUCAGAGAUAUAUAGAUAUAAAUAUAUACAUUAAUUUUUAAGUGCAAAAAGUCUUUAAACAGGAGAAAUUCACACCUGCCUGUAGCCUGCAUCAUCAUGCAUGCAUUCUUAUAUCAAAAGAAAGCAACAUUUGCCAAUGGGUAAAUUACACCUUACCAUAUUAACAGAUAACGCCAGUAUAUGUUAGCUUAUGUUUAUAUGACUGUGAGGCUCAAAAGUUUUGCAAACAUUUAAUAUGAAUAUAAAUGUCAUGUUGAAAUACAUAUUUUUUGUUUUAUUCUUUUGAUUACUUCUUCAUCGCCUUGCCAAUUCUAAAAGACUGCCAGUCUAUAGUCUCGGCAUUUAGCAAAUAUUUUUCUAAUAUUGGCAGUAAGCUAGCAAAUGAAAUACCUCCUGUUGAUACUGAUCCACAAAUCUUUCUUGGACCGUCCUUAGUUAAUAGCUUUGUGCUACUCCCAGUUACAACAACUGAAGUAGAGGAUGUGAUUACUAGCCUACAAUCAGCUAAAGCUUCCGAUCCUUAUAGCAUCCCUGUAUGUUUGCUGAAGCUCAUUAAAACCUGCAUAUCAUUUCCUUUACAAUUAAUUUAUAACCUUUCCCUUAGUAGUGGCUGUGUGCCAGACCAUUUUAAGCUAGCUAAUAGUAUUCCUCUGUGACUUGCAUGAACAACUAUGGGUGUCUACAAAACGACGACCUAGAAAACGAAGACCUACGACCUAGAAAACGACGACCUAGAAAACGAUGGCUAGUCUGCGUAGAUGGCGGAUUCAGAAUGGGUCAAUACUUUUGGAGCGUCACUAGUAGCAAAGCAUUUUAGUCCCUAUUCUUCUCGCCGCUUUGAAGCCUAGCCAAAAAGAACAAAAGCACCCGUCAAAUGAAACAAUCGAGUGCGACAAAUCCCCCCAGGUGGACUUUCAAAAAAGUAUUCCGUCCGUUUUAAUAUGGCGCGGGUCCCCUCUCGACUUCGUCUUUUGCUCGGCCGUCUCACGGCCUAAGAAGCUCGCUCCGCUCGCUUAAACUCGAAAGGUCGACGUGUGGAAGUCUACUGUUUAGGCGAAAUGGUCAUUUCACUUUUUACUUAAAAUGAUAUGGCCAUUCACGAAAGUCAUGCAUAAAUCGCGGGAAAAAAAGGCUUUCACGGAACACGAAAAGAACGCUUUAGCUCGGCAUCAAUGAAUUGAUCAGUUAGUCCAUGAUCAAAGACCUAGAAAACGACAACCUAGAAAACGAUGACCUAGAAAACGACGACAUAGAAAACGACGACCUAGAAAACGACGACAGGGAUGGGGUAGCUCGAAGGAUUAAGAGGUUAGAGGGGUACAGAAGGCGGGAAAUAAGAGGACGAUAGGAGGGAAAUAUGAAGGGGUGAGAGGUGGGCGAAGAAGGAAAAUUACAGAAAAAUAGUAAAUAUUAUUUGUAAAAAGACGGCUAAGGGUAUGAAGCCAAGGAAUAAAACGGUGGAAAUGGAAAUGUACGGUACGCGAGGUCUCCCCUCUGUUUCGUUUAUCAAACAAGCGUUGCCUGUUAUUGGAUAGAUUUAUUUGAUGACAAGAAUUGUAUUAGCUUAUUGUGUUUCAAACCAGUUUUUCAGUAGAAUCGAAGUGAGAAAGAAAAUAAUUUACAGUCUGUCUAUAAAUCCGAUUACCUGAAGAAUCUGUUUAAAAGAAUUUGCUAACCUGUAAAGUGCAAUUGUUGAAACGACCCGCCACAGAAGUAAGUUUACAUUGAAGUUUUCUGAAUUUACGAGAUUAAGACGAUUUUUGUUUGUUCUGAUUGCGAAUUAUAAAUGUAUUUCUUUUAGAUCGAAUAAUUAUUAAAGCUUGGUGGUCAUUUGAGCUAACCAGUUCCUAAGGAAACACCCUCCCCCUCUAGAACUGGCUAGGGUGGUGGCCAAUAACGUGUUUACCAAGAGAGGAUAACCUCUCUCGGUGUUAACUGUUUAAAAGUGUAUCGGGUUAGUUUCAUGAGCGAUCCCGGAGUGAGUUAAUAAAAAGAGGUUUGGGGAACGAAGUAUUUCUAAAAGUCAAAAUUUGGGAAAUUUUCACGUUUAGGAGGAGAUGCUCCAUUGAUUUAUUGAUUAACGUAAACCUUCGUUACAUGUACCCCGCGAGAUACCUACAUCUAUUGUUCUUGCGUGAUUUUCAUAACGCGGUUAUAAAACCGUCUCUCACAUUUUUAAACAGCAGUUACAGAGUGCCUAGUGCGGUCGCGGGAGCUAUUGUUUUGUCUUGGACAUUGCAUUGUGCAUUGCGUGAAAGUGAUGGAAGAAUUAAAGAUGAACCGAAGUGAAAUUUUUAAUUUUGCUCUGCGGCGUUGUCUCUAUUUCACAUGAUGUAAUAAUUUAUUUGUGAACACUCAAAAGUUCUAUACCGGAGAUCUCACUGCAUAUAUACCACGCUAUUGGACCUGUGAGGAAACAGAAACUCCUAGGAUGAUACGAUUCCAAUCUUACAGUUCAAAUACAGUUCAAAUCUUAUGACAUGUCAACCUUCAUUGUGUACUACACAAUAUUUCACAAUUCUCGUUACCGGUAUGCUGCCGUUUCAUGUAUGGAAAGGUACGAGAAAAUGUUGAAGCCCUUCUUUCUUUAUUUUCAAAAUAUAAACUGUUUGUUUACGGUAUUGAGAUGUGAACAAAAACGGCACGCCUGAUUUAUUUCCUGUUUGAUUUAUGUUGGCUUGAACUUCCCGCUAUAAACCAGGGCGUAAUAAGCUAGGGCGUUGAAACGAGCGGGGUCGAGCGAUCUAGCUGUGAUGCAAGGGUCUGGGCACUACCAAAGAGACAAAACAAGAUGGCGGACAUUAUACUAGACCGUCAGAGAGAUUAUCUAGCGAACGUUGGCCAUUAUCCCGUGGCAUUAUCAUUUACUGCGAGCAAUAGAGAGGGAACAAAUUAUUUUUCUCUCACGUUCGUUUUCUGUUUUGUUCAAUUUUUCCCCCGCGAACAAAUAUCUGUAUUGAAUAUAGUUCCACCUCCGUGACCGGUAUUAAAAUUUCAUGACUUAGUAAGAAAAUGGCAUCACAACUCAGAUGAUAGCACUGACAUCAUUUUUAGACUAAUAUUAUCGGUUCUCUACUUCAGUUUAAUAUCAAGUUGUGUAAUUCAUCAUCUGCUAUGGCAUUUAUUUUUUGCUGCCCAGGUUCAAGGCCAGAUGAUCUGUUUUCACUAUUAAAGUUUGGAUUUGUUGGUGUACAUCAGUAUUCUUGUCUAAACACCUUAUUGAGCUAUCUCCAAUAUUGAGCAUUACAGUUGGACAGAUUGUGAAAACUUAAGUCCGGGUAAAUUUAAAACAUAAUAAAAUCAUCAUUAUUUUUUAUCUUGUACACUAAUACUACUUUGCAAUGAAGAAUAAGUAUAUAAAUAUAAUUCACUGCCCUUGAAAAACUAACAGAGGUCGCAAGAACACAAAUAAGUAGCCCAGCAAAUAUUUUUGUUUGAUAAUAACAGCUUUUUGUAAUGAAAUGAUCACUGAAAACUACCCAUACAAGACAUACUAAGGAACUUAAAAGAAACUAAACAUUCACAAGUCUUACAUCGAAACCAGACAUUGCUAUAUAUAUCAUACAGAUACAACAUGAAACAAUUAUAUAACAUACAAAUUCAAAAGUAUAUUGCAAACAAGAAAAUUAUACAGAAUUAUGCACAAAUGAAAUACAAAUGGCCUGUAACAGCUAUUAAACCAUUGAAAAACAAACUUUUUAGUUUGACCAGCAACCCUAGCACACUUGUAUACUUCAUGUCCAGUAUGAUUCAAUUUCAUUCUUGGUUAAAUUUAUUACAUUUAUUAACUGCAGCCAGGCUUAAUCAAGACUUGAUUCAAAAAAUUCUUUCCUGUUUCCUUGUCUAUAAUAUAUAAGAAUUACGAGAGAGGAUAUAAUGCUAGAAAUAUUAUACAGUAGUACAAUCAAAAGAUAAGGCACCUCCAGGAAAUCGAGUUGGUCCCUACUAUUCUUCAGUCAUUUUCUUUUACUCUCUAUAAGGGCGCUUUCCAAAAGUCAGAACUGGCCAGCCUGACCAUGGUCAGACCAGACAUUUUGGCAAUGAAAUAGGCUUUUUCCAAGAGGUUUUGUUGAAAAACCAUCCCCUUUGUACAUGAUAUUUAGGAUGUGACAGAUCUGGAUAGUUAGUUUUGAUUAACAAUGAAAUUCCCAUAUUUAUAAUGGGAAUGGGCUGGCGGGUCAGUUCUGACAAAUGGAAAGCUCCCUAAGUGUUACAUCUGUCCAUUAAUACAGUCAUUUUGUGCCAGUCCCAACAGUUUCCAUCUGAGAGCUGACUGUAGUUUGUGCAACACCACACCUAAACCUAUGACGACAAAAAAACAAUGUUAUAUAGCAGUCUUAAUUUAUUCUACUUGCAAUCAAAUUAAGACCUCUUCGUGUUCUUCUUCAUAUUCACGGUAUUAUGAACUCGUUCAUCUUUCAGUGCGUGUUCUAGUAGUCUUUUCAAGCUGGGCACUCACUGUUGUUCUGCAAAAAAUCAUUAUAAUAAUAAAUAAACACAUUCUAUGAUUUAAUUUUACAGUGGAAUCUUUGUGGGGAUUUGAAAGCAAAUUUCUCCAUAGGCUUCAUUCUGUUUCUGUGCAAUACAACCUUCAGAUUUAUACCGCAGUGAAGCAGAAUUUGUUGUUGUUUAUGUAAAGACUGUCACACGAGAUCAUUCGAAUGCAAUUUUCUAGUAGAACUUUAAAAAUAGUCAGAACCUUCUUGGAUCGCGGUUCUGUAACUAAAAAAAAAUAUUUACCACCCUAGUGUAUAUUAAAAAAAGAAAAAUCGCUAAAUUGGGCAACUGAAAUCUUUUAUUUUACUAACAAGCUAAACGUGCUAACGCCAACGUACAAAACAAAAACCUUGCUAUCGCCAUUAUAUGAAGUCGUCACUUCAGAAGUAAAAAAACCUUAAAGGUUCAUAAAAGUUCACUCUAAAAAUUUGCAUACACAAACAAAAUUUAUAAAACCAUUACAUAUUUUUUUUGUAGCCGUUUAUUAUCAUUUGGUUUUGACUGGCAAGAUAAAACGCGACCGUCAACCUGUAUUAUUCGAUAGGCCAUUUUGACACUACAUAAACAGAAAGGGCGAAAAAACACCUUAACUUAUAAGACUAACUAUAAAAUAUCACCUAAAUAUCUUCUGUAUAUCGCAUAGAAAUACGCCAAAUAUCAAAUCUAAUUAUAGAUUGCCGCGAUUUAAAGAUAUAAAGCAAUGAAUCCGAACCUACCGUCAGCGAGACGGCGCCAUUUUUCUUGCCCUGACAGCACAUCGAGAGCGGAAAGCAAACUAGUUCCAGUUCUACUCCGCAUCACAGCUGAACCAGAGAGCGCGUAUGUGCGUUUCAACGCCCUAGCUUAUUACGCCCUGCUAUAAACGACGCGCCAGUGAGGCAGUGUAUAUUAUUUAGGUCAUUUAGAUUUGAUGGAAAUUUGUUUAAAUUGAUAUCAGGAUAAUAAAUAGGUCAAAGCAAAGCUUUUGCUUCCAGUAGUCAGUCAGGUUGAAUCAUGACUUCAUUGACCAUACUAAAGGAAAAUUUGACUUGAGAAACUUUUUUAGUGAAGCUCUCUCGCGCGCGCGCAAAGGGAGCACAAUUGGUAACAAAUUUGGUUACCUUUGCAUGGGCUCCAUUCCAUUCAAUCAAAAAGUCUGGUUUAAAUUCUCGGCAACUUCCGUGCAGAACCGAAUGGAACAGCAUUUUCGCAAUAUAUACCCAAAUUUUCGAAAAUUAUCAUCAGGAAGUUUUCUUUCCGCAUUCAACUUUGCUCCAGAAUGUCUAAAAUUUCUGGUUGAAUGGUUCGCAUUUCGGAAAAGUUUCCGGAAGUCUGAGAACUUUUCCGGGAAAAUACUGUGCCAAUUGCCGCUGUUUCCACAGUUUCUUAAGUUUUGGGUGAAUGGAAAGCGCCCAAAAUGCAUCCAAGAAAUUUUGGUUCUGAGAGAAUCGUCCGCACGUACUACGAUGUGCAAAAAAGUGUGCUGCACGUGCAAAUUAGACCUAUUGACCUUAGCAUUACUUAUAACUAGCCCCGGGUAACUAGCGGCUAGGAGCGAUUUGCGUGGGUGUUUGGCACGUUUGAUAAGAUUACACUGAGAUUUGCUAUGAAUAUGCUAUUUGGUUUUGUCCGGGAAUGGGGCAUUUCGCACACUUCUAUUAAGCACCCCCCCUCCCCCCACCUUCCCCGCGUGUUUUUUUUAGGUCGUCGUUUUCUAGACACCCAACAACUAUGGACCCAUCUCUUUGCUUUCUAUUUUCAACAAAGACUGUGCGUUUAAGAGACUAGUUAAUUUGAUUGAUAAGUACAACAUUUUAUAUGUCAACCAGUUUGGCUUUAGAGAAAAACACUCUACAAUGCAUGCAACUCUUCUUAUUACAGCUAAGAUCCAGAGAGCUAUAGAAGAUGGCCUAUUCUCCUGUGGGGUCUUCCUUGAUUUCUCAAAAGCCUUUGAUACCAUUGACCAUAGCAUAUUAAUUAGAAAACUAAGUAAAAUGACUGGUUUACUUCCUAUUUGCACAAUAGGAGGCAACAUGUUUCUAUUGGUAGCACUAAGUCUGAUGACAUUGUUAUUACUCAUGGAGUCCCGCAGGGAUCGGUGCUAGGUCCUCUUCUAUUUCUCUUGUAUAUUAAUGACUUCAGUUGUUGCAGCAAAUUAUUUGACUUUCACAUUUUUGCAGGUGAUACUAAUUUAUUUUAUUCCAAUCGUAGUCUAACUGAACUAGAGGAUGAUGUUAGUAAUAAUCUAAAAUUUGUCUCUAAUUGGCUUAUGGCAGACAAGCUCUCAUUAAAUGUUGACAAGACAAAUUUCAUUAUUUUUCACCUCCUUCAAAAGUCAACAAGUCACGUAGUCAAAUUAUUAAUUUCCAAUAGGGAGAUUAAACAAGAAAAAUUUAUUAAAUAUCUAGGAUUACAUAUUGACUCACACUUAAGUUGAAAGUUCCACAUUUUGCAUAUUUCAAAAAAAAUUAAGCGCUGUAUUGGAAUUAACUUUCUAAAAUUAGGUACUUUAUUAGCCAACAAGUCCUUGUUCAGUUAUACUACACACUUAUUUAUCCUUUCUUGGCUUAUAGUUUAAUUACCUGGGGAAAUACAUAUCCAACUUCUCUACAUCCUCUUAUUACUUUACAGAAAAAAGCAGUUAGAAUAAUAACCUUUUCUGCUUUUAAUUCUCAUUUUAGUCCUCUCUUUCGCAAGUUGGGGCUACUUAAAUUAGGGGAUUUAAUAUAUUUAGACAAUAUAGACUCUGGCCUCUAAGAUGUCUUAUUAUUUACCGAAAGUUAGGGCGAAUUAUGGAAAAUUUAAUAUCCGUUUCAGUGGUGCUAAACUCUGGAAUGCUAUUAAAGAAGAUCUAAAAUCAGCGAGUCGUUUUCGCUUUAAAAAGCUUUUAAAAGAAUCUGUCAUCUCCAAAUAUUGAUUGGUGUACUUUGUAUGCAGCUAAUUGUGUGCACAGCUGUUGUUUUGUCUGGCUUCUUUGUUUAUUUGUUUGUGUAUUUGCUUAUUUAUUACAGCUUAAAUAUUUCUUCUUUGUGUGUCUUUGUGUGCUUUUGUUUAUUUAUAACAACUUUGAUAUCUAGUUACUUUUCCGCAUGGCCCAGCCACUCAGCGCGAUUAGCUCUUGCUAUUUCUGAGCGGCUGUGCUCUCUUUUUUUCCGUGGGAUGCCUGUGGCACUCCCACGGUAAAAAUCCGGUUCGGUUGUAUCCAAAAUUGCAAAGCCAGCCAAUAGGAUUGCCUAAAAUCUUUAUCGAUUAUCUCUUCUUCCAAGCCGACCAAUCAGAUUGUACAAACUCUGGAUCGAUUUUUAACCGAUUUGCUUCCUCUGAAGAACGUUGAUGGCUUGUUAACCAGCGAAAUCCUUCGGGAUACUGGCAAGUCACGAAAGGCGACCUGAGCCAAAUUAUUUCUUUCCUUCAUGAUUCUUUUUUGUUUAGGUCUAGCUUUUUCAUAAGGUUUUAGUAGCGUCUGGUUGUGGGUCGUGAUUUCCGCUAGAUUUUUCUAUUCGGAGUUCGCCAGUUUUUGCCGAGUACAGCUAGAGUUCAGUUAUUUUGUUUUCUUAUCGAAAACACCUUGACGAUGGGAGGUUAAAUCGCGUAAAUUUCAACUCGUACCCUUGACGAUUGGCGGUGAAAUCGCGAAAAUAUUGUCCUCGUCGAUCGACGACUCGCUUUCGGCAUGGAUUGGACUUCUGGAUGGGACACGGAUCAGGACCUUAGUAAACUUAUUAUACCUUGGAAUCAGGGAAAAUCAUUGGAACUAUGUUAACUUUGAGACCUUGGAAACACACUGCAAUUAAUUUUUAACCGUAUCAAGAGCAUCUUGGAAAAUAAAACUUUCAUCUUGGAUUAAAACAUUGGAACUUUAUCGAACUUUGUAACCCUGGGUUCGACCCUGGAUAAAGCAAGCGGAUGUUUUGUUUUGUUUUGUUCCAUUAACCUAAAACUACAAUGUUCAUUUCUCUUUGAAAAGUUACCUGUGGCUAACACCGCGGCAAAACGCAAUGCGCAUGAGCACAAAAUUUAAUAUCCGGUCAGCUUUUUAUUUCCGGUCUAGUAUAUAAACCAAUAGCGUAAGCAUAACUUUGCCGUCGCGCCAAGUUUAAAAGCAAAAAGGGCGAGACAGACAAAAAAGGGGGCCAAAAAAACCACUUCAUUCGAAAGCUUAUAUAUUUUUCUAUUCUCAAACUUUUGCACCACAUGGUUAUCUGUUUGCACCAACGGUGAAAAUCAUGUUUGAAGUGUGCAGGUCGCGAGCGCUCGACAUGACGAAGUUGCCAUUUACUGGCUUUCUUGCAUCCUACUGGUUUGGCAUAAGUUAAUUUGGGAGAAGGCGAUAACUAAGAAAAGAAUAACAAUACUUAUGAAAGAAACCAAAAAAAGCCGUCAUCAUUAUCAUUAACACUAGAACCAGAAAUAAAAUUUUAGUCCGUUCAACAAUUUUUUUAUUAUCAGGCAAAACAAGAACUCAAAACAAAAGAUGUGCGGAAUUUAAUAACAACCUCGACUUUGAUGACUGCAGUCACGAACACCCGGAGCUUUCAGUGCCGGGAAACUAAACAUGCCUAUAAAUGACUUUCAUUCAAGAAAAUGCCUAUUUAAUUCUUUUACAUGGUUGUUCUUUGGUUGAUGACUUCAAUAAUUUCAGACUGUGCGGCUCGGCUGCAUCUCAUGCAAACACGAAACUUCCAGCUGCUAAAUACAUGGCAUGAAAAGUUCGACUUCUAAAAGCCCGGCCAUCAUACCAGCUUUCGCUCUCUGAUUCUGAGAUUGAAAAAAAUAAAUAGAGUGGUCAACUUGCUGCCAUCCUCAACAGUAUAAUUAAGUUUAUGUUUCACGGCAAUCAACUCAGAAGAGUUUCGUUUCCAAACACGGUAAAACUCACUGGUAAAUAAAACUACAAAUCGAUUGUGCGUUGUCGUUUUCCAAAUAAAGCUCGAAUCGGCUUUAAGACAUGAAGACUGAGAAAUUGAAGAACUGAAAAAUAGAACUGCCAUACACAAGCUUGCGAUGAUAACUUUUUAUGUCUUAGUUUCAGCCGGGUUAAGUGAAAAAUAACAGUCAAAAACUUUGUUUUCGAGAAUGAAAAUCAGUUUACCUGACGCUCUAGCCAAAAUUACAGUUAUUAUCAUCCUACCUUUUCUGAAUCUAAUCGACUAAUUGUUUCAGUGAUCUGUGCCUGGUUAUCCAUAAAAGCAAUUUCAAUAAAUACAAAAUAGUCAAAAACACGGGCAGCAUGAAGCAGAACAACUGAACCACAAGCUGCACACAGAACGAAGCCGAGCGCGCGCUGGAGACUUUGAUCUGACUUGAAAGUGUGACUGAAAAAGAGACCGGAAAUGCUCAACCUGGCGCAUGCGUAGACGUUUUGCCGCGGUGUUCCUGUGGCUACUUAUACUACCAAGAAAUGACGUAUCUUUAUACAUAUAGUUCCUGUUCAGGUUAAUCAGAGAGCAUUAUGCGCAUGUUCUCCAUUACUUGUUUCCGUUAACAUUCCAAUUUAAGUUACACAGGUAAACCUUGUUUUGAUGCAAAAUAAGUUCUUUUUGUUAUCCAAAUCGUGCUAUGAAAAUAACUACAUAGCGAUAGAUCAAAACAAUAUCAACUCCAUCCUUGCGACCAGUGACAACUAUAAAUUUAGCUUGCGUAGCAGGUGUCGAAAGGGGUAGGGGAUAGGGAGGAAGCAAAAAGGGGAUGUGGAUUAGGGAGAAAUAGUAGCCUGUCACGCAGGUUACUAUAAAUUCAGUCAUAAGCACAUUAAAAAAACCCAUAUAGGUAACCUACUCAUCGAUGCUCAUAACACAUCUUUCCGGUUUCCCUAAUUUUUCCAAAUUCAGAUAGAACGCCAUUAUGCUUCCAUAGACCAACGCAUCCCACGGAAACGACUUUAGACGUCUUGUUUCACGAUUAUUUCCCUUUAAUGUCUUAACACUUUUUGUAUCAAGACCACAAUAAAGAUUGUUGUUGUUGUUGUUGUUGCCGUAAGGAUCAGUUUGCCGUUUCAUAUUCUUCUACAAACAUCAUGAAAUAUCAAAUGUUAAGAUACAUGAUGUUUGUAUCACACUGCGGGCAGCAGAGAAUGAAAGUCUCUGCUAGCAGUUUGGAUUUGUAUAGGCCGUAAUUCAAAAGGUGAACUAAAUUAAAAUGUAGAGAAACCUCUAUUAAGCGGCUCUUCUCAAAAGAGAGAAGUGUGACAUCAAGCGACCAUGGUAGCAAAAUUUCUGGAUCUUGACAGAAACGGCCAUUUGCGUUUUCGAACGAUGGAAUUAAAGUAUGGGCUACCGUUUUACUUCCGAGUGCAAUCAUCACAGGAAAGACUGCGUUAAUGUCAAUAUCUUUCCGGUUUCUUAUUUUUGCCAUAUUUGCAGGUCCUUGAUUUGUUGAGUUCCAGAAAUUUUGCUACCAUAGCAACGUAACGUAACGUAACGACUUCUUUCUCUAUUAAGAUGGGAACCUGUCUUCCCCUCGGCCGUUUGCCUCGCUCGCUCGCUCGCUCGCUCGCACCUAACAUGCUCGCCUCGCUCGACACUUCUUAGGAAACUCCUAACACUAUAUAUUCACAUUAAAUGCUAAAUUUAAGAACACCUUUAUAGAAUGGUCAUCAAGAGAGGAUAAAGCUUUGUGGUCAACCUCCAUUACGCUAGCCUCUCACGCAGACAUUUUUUGAGACUACAUUUUCUAGCUCAGAAGGAGAUCGGACACCUCAUGAACCAUACACACUGAGAAAGCCUUAUCUUAACAGCUUCUUUCCAUUUUCCUCUCUUCCCCCUCUCACAUUUCGAGCUACGACUGAAUUAGAUCAAUGAGCAUUAACAUCGAGAGAUUAAGAGUUAAAAAGCUCUAGGCAAGGUAAACGUAUAUUAAAGCGUGUUACUUCCUUUAGGUUUUAAUUCAAAAAGGCUAUCACUAUUCUUUCCCAUAGGCUAACAGGUCAACAAACUCGUCUCUAUAAUUUUACGGAGAAGGAGGCUAAAAAAACGUACUUUGCGUAAAUUUUUGUUGCCUAUAUUUUGCUCCAUCCCUUUGUUUCAUGCAGUGACGAGGGCGCAUAAUCAGUCAAUCAGUAAAGGGACGGGCCUUUGAUGUAGGAUUUUUAGUCUGAUUUUUUCUUUCCCUUAUGUUUUUACUAGACCCCAGGUCAAAAUGGAGUAUACACCAGAACAGUUAAAUUAUUUUAAAAUAUCCUACACUGCCUUCAACUUGGUACCCGAAGCACUUCGGAGAGUCUUCAAACAAGAGUGGAAUUUCCUUUACAUGACAACUCUUUUGGGGGAAUGGAAAGACAUUCCACAAAAUGGCCACGAUUUCUACAACAACGAAACAGGGAAAAGUCGCAAAAAGUAUGCUCGAUAUUUAACGAUGAUUCAAAAGGGAAACACGGCGGAGUGGGACUGCAGUUGUCUAUUUUUUGCCAUAUUGUUCUCGGAUAGUAUUGGGACCACUCUGAGUGCGACAAUCAGAAAAGAGGUUGAUAUUCUGCGGCAGAUUCGAAACGAUAUCGCUCACAAAAACGAGGCUAAACUUUCUGAUGCUGAAUUCCAAAGUUAUGUAGCAAGAGUGAUAGCUGCAUUUACAUCUCUGAAGCUCUCAACUGUUGAAGUUGAGGAUGUUAAAAACCAGAGCAGCUUUCCCACAGCGGAAGUAAAUGGCUUGAAGAUACAGACUGAUAGACUAAAAGCUGAUUUAAAAGUGAAAGAUGAAGAAGUUAAAAAUCUAAACUCAGAGUUACAAUUGACGCAAAACACAUUGCAGACCAAGCAGGAAGAAGUAGAAACCCUUACUCAAGAGAUCCAUUCCAAAGUUGAGUCUUUCUGUAGUCUUACAUUCAGGCCAUCGCACCAAAUCAUCAGACGUUCCAACGAUGUCACAAGAAUCAAGAACAAGCUGGAGGAACUUUAUAAUGAAAGCAAAGGGGCCAUCAGCACCAUCUAUUUAUCAGGAAUUCCGGGCUGUGGUAAAAGUCAAAUCGCUCGUCAAGUGGGACAGGAACUCUAUGACAAAAGAUUGCGUGAAGACGAAGGUCUAACAUUUGUUUCAACUCUGAAUGCAGAAACCCUUGACUCACUUGCCGACUCCUAUUUCACUCUAGCUAAACAACUGGGAGUUACUGAAUACGCUCUGACCAACCUAGCAACCUCCACGAAGGUUGACUCAAGUGAAAUAAUUCAGCAUUUGACGCGUUUUAUUUCUCCAAAGGUAAAACAGUUUUCUACCUGGCUGAUUAUUUUGGAUAAUGUUGUUGAUCUAUCUCUGGUUCUAAGUUAUCUGCCUCCGACCACCAGCGAAGAGUGGGGUCAUGGUCAGAUGCUAGUAACUACUCAAGAUACCCAGUCAAUACCCUUGAAUUCUCCUCAUACUUACCAUGAAUCCCUCAGUAAUGGAAUGCAUCCAGAUGACGCAGUAAACCUUUUAAGAGAAGUGUCUCAAAUUUCGAAUCAACAACAAGCUGAGGAGGUUGCAGGGGUUCUUGAGUAUCAGCCACUUGCCUUAGCAGCUGCUGCAGUCUACGUUCAAACCAUUGUCAGUUAUGGUACCUCUAAUUAUGGUUGGACAAAAUACCUGGAAACUUUAAACAGCAACGAACGGGAAGCAAGAGAGGAUUUUUUUGCGAAGCAAAACAGAGCAUAUCCCAAAACAACGACUACUGCCAUCAAAAUGGCAAUAACUCGAGCUUUGCAAAGCGACGAAGUUCUUCGUGAAGUAUUAUGUUUGUUUUCGUUGUGCGCAUCUGAUUCUCUACCAAUUGAAGCUGCUGUUGACUUUGUAAAAUUUCGUACAAAACAGCAAACAGAAGAGUUAACUAGAGCUAGAAUUCUAAAAUCCACCAUGGUUUCUUACUUGUAUGACAAAGACGGCACACCCACUUACGUCAGAGUACAUAAAGUUGUUCAUGAAGUGCUUAAGUCCACUGUAACAUCAGUCCUGAAUCGGACACAUCAAGCGGAGUGCUUUUCUGUUGCUGUUAGGAUUUUUCAUUCAUUGAUGGAAGAAAACAGGAAUCUUUUACUUGCUAGUGAGCAGGCUUGCGGAAAGUUGAGGAUAAUUGUCAGUCAUUGUAAAGUGUUAUUUCAGUUGAACAGAACUAAAAUGGUUAAUGAAGAACAAUCACUAGUUAAUAUAUUACUACCGAUAAUUACUCCUAGCAAUUUAGUUUCGUUUCUUUCCCUUAUUACUGAAGUUUGUUACCGCCAAAGUAAUUUAUCGGAUGCAUACCUUUUCUCAACUUUAUCCUCUGAUUUCAUAACGUAUCUAAGUGACACUCAAGACGAUAAAUUGCAAAAGGCGAAGCAUUUUCAUGAAUACGGCAUUGUUCACUUGCAGCUUGGUCACUUCUGUCAGGCUAAAGAAUACCAUGAGAAGUCUCUUGCAAUCAAAAAACAGAUACACGGUGAACACCAUGGUGACAUUGCGAAAAGCUACAACAGCCUGGGAAAUGUUUACAGAACCCUUGGUCAGUACAACCAGGCUAAAGAAUACUAUGAAAAGUCUCUUGCCAUAAGAAAAGAGAUUUAUGGUGAACACCAUGGUGACGUAGCCACAAAUUACAACAAUUUGGGAACUGUUUACAGUGACCUCGGUCAGUACAUUCAGGCUAAAGAAUACCAUGAGAAGUCUCUUGCCAUUAGCAAAGAGAUUUGUGGUGAUCAUGAACACCAUGGUGACGUAGCGACAAGUUACAACAACCUGGGACUUGUUUACAGUAACCUUGGUCAGUACAAUCAGGCUAAAGAAUACCAUGAGAAGUCUCUUGCCAUUAGCAAAGAGAUUUAUGGUGAACACCAUGGUGACGUAGCGACAAGUUACAACAACCUGGGACUUGUUUACAGUAACCUUGGUCAGUACAAUCAGGCUAAAGAAUACCAUGAGAAGUCUCUUGCCAUUAGAAAAGAGAUCUAUGAUGAACACCAUGGUGACGUAGCGAUAAAUUACAACAACCUGGGAACUGUUUACAAUCACCUUGGUCAAUACAAUCAGGCUAAAGAAUACCAUGAGAAGUCUCUUGCCAUUAGAAAAGAGAUUUAUGGUGAACACCAUGGUGACGUAGCGGCAAGUUACAGCAACCUGGGACUUGUUUACAGUAACUUUGGUCAGUACAAUCAGGCUAAAGAAUACCAUGAGAAAUCUCUUGCGAUUAUGAAAGAGAUUUAUGGUGAACACCAUGGUGACGUAGCGAAAAAUUACAACAAUUUGGGACUUGUUUACGGUAACCUUGGUCUGUACAAUCAGGCUAAAGAAUACCAUGAGAAGUCUCUUGCCAUUAAAAAAGAGAUUUAUGGUGAACACCAUGGUGACGUAGCGAUAAGUUACAACAACCUGGGACUUGUUUACAGUAACCUUGGUCAGUACAAUCAGGCUAAAGAAUACCAUGAGAAAUCUCUUGCGAUUAUGAAAGAGAUGUACGGUGCACACCAUGGUUACGUAGCGACAAGUUACAACAACCUGGGAAAUGUUUACAGUUACCUUGGUCAGUACAAUCAGGCUAAAGAAUACUAUGAGAAGUCUCUUGCCAUUGCAAAAGAGAUUUGA